CACAACUUCCUUGAACCAGUCCUCAGGAACCAACAAGAUGAACAACAGUGAGUGCCGUGAUGUGGUCGUCAUGUCACAGACUCAUGCCUUGGCUGUGGUCUACAGCCUGGUGUUCCUGGUCGGUUUGCUGCUCAACGGUUUCACCCUGAAGGUUUUUUUCUGCAGAUCUCAGCAGCAGCAGAGGUCGAGCAGCCUCAGCAUCUACCUGAAGAACCUGGUGGCUGCAGACUUCCUCACCUGCCUCUGUCUGCCCAUCAGGAUCAUCGACUAUGAGAGCAGCUCCGUCCCCGUCCAUCAUGUCUUCUGCAGCUUCGGAGCCUCCGUCUUCUACCUCAACAUGUACGCCAGCAUCCUGUUCAUCGGGUACAUCGCAGCCAACAGGUAUCUGAAGAUUGUCCAUCCUCUAGGAACCCACGUCCUGCAGAAGGUCCGAGCCGCUCGCAUCCUCUCCAUGGUAACCUGGGGUUUUCUCCUGGCCAUGACAGCCACUUACAUCCUGAUGUCUAACCUCAGCCAGGGACCACAGGACUCCAACAAAGUGAGAUGUGAGGCCAUGCACGAUAAACAUCUGAGCGUCCUCUACAAAGUCAUCCACUCCUGCUCCGCCGCCGUCUUCCUGCUCGUCCUCGUGUCUCUGGUCUUCUUCUACUACAGAAUCUCCCGCCGCCUGUCGCAGGCCCAGCAGAGGCAGCUGGCAUCCUCCGGCUCCAAGAAGCUGGAAAAGUCUCAGAGGAACAUGCUGGUGCUGGUCAGUGUCUUCUGCGUUUGCUUCGUCCCCUACCACCUGCUCCGCAUCCCCUACGCCUUCAUGGAGGGAUGGCACUGCUCGGAGAGCCUGGAGAUCCUGAAGAGGUUGUCCAUCGUUCUGUCUGUAUUCAACGUCUGCCUGGACCCCCUCAUCUACUUCAUUUUCUGUAAGACCUUCCGGGCUCAGCUGAACCUGAGAAGAAUGUUUUCUACGGCUAAACAGUCCACGGCCAGAGCAGUCAAUGAGGCCAAAAUCCGGGGGUGGGAGGAGUUCAGUGAGGCUAUGGAAGAAGACUAUUGAUUAGCAACUCGCCCUGACAAUUCGUCCACACUGUGUUCGGUGUGGACGGGGAGUUCCUGACGUUACGUGGGGCUAUUGUCCAAUUUUGGGAUUAAUACUUUAAGUAACUCCUCAAUCCCAGCAACAUGUAUUCAACCUGGGGUUGGGUCGUCCAAUCUCUGGGGUCAGAAGUCACCAAGGUGGUGAAAAGACUCCUCAGUGGCCGAGUUCCAGGAGACGAUGAGAUCGACCCUAGGUGUGUUAAGGCUCUGAAUGUUGUAGGGCUGUACUGUCUGACACGCCUUCAGGGGCAGCGCCUCUGGAACAAUGUAGUUUUCGUCCCGUUGGUGGAACCAUGGACCAGCUCUUUACCCUCGCUAGGCUGCUGGAGGGGAAAUGGGAGUCUGGGCACCAUGAUGCUAACGGUGCUGAUGCUAACAGUAGUAACCAGACUGAUCUGGUGCCAGUGAGUUUUUAAUUAGCUUAGCCUCCUUAGCUCUAUUGUUGUGACAUCACAUCAGUUUUUCUCCUGCAUGGAUGGAAGUGAACCUUCAACAUGUCUAAAAACAAAUGUUUGUCAAAACUUUUUCUGGACUUCAGCUCUAAAGUGUCAAGGUUCUAUGUCUGUCUUUUAUUUUGUGUCUUGUAUCCUGUUUUAUUUUGUUAAGUUGUGGAUUUCCUGUCUUGUGCCUCCUUGUCUCUUGAUUGUUUAUUGGUCUCACCUGUGUUGAUUGUCCUCAUGUGUCUCACCUGUGUCUUGUCAUGUCUCAGCCCUCGUGUUUUCCCUUUGUUCCUGGUCGCGUCGUUAAUGUUAGUUUAACGUCUCCACGUCCCAUGUUUCCUGGUCCUGAUUCCGCGUCUUGUUCCACGUUAUCUUGCCAUGUUUGAUGAUUCUUUUGUAUUUUUGGUUUUUGCUGCCGUGCGCAGCGUUUUUUGUUAAUUAUUAAAAACCCAGUUUUCCUGGA